GCAGAGCUUAUCGUCUGCUGCGGUCGUAAAGACCUACAUGUAGUGUAUCCGCCGUCGUAAGUAUUUUAUGUAUGCUUGAGCUAUAAACAGAUAUUUCUAAGCACGGAACAAAUUAAGUAGUGUGUAGGAUACCUAGUAUAUCUCGUGUGAGAAUCAUGUGGCGAGUAUUGUCUCACGCACUAGGUACUAGUGCCGUAGCGCUCACCCAGGAUCACGCACGUACGCUACUAGAAAGAGCAGCGCAUCAUGUACAAUCCAUAGUGGAUGCUGUAGCACAGGGAAAGGUAAUCUUUUCCAUACAUGCCGAUGUGUUGUGCUUGUGCCUUAUACUAGAGCGAUUGCUGGAAGACGGGGUGAAGGGGAAUUCACUGUGGUUUGCGUAUAAUACCCAAGAGCACACUCGUAAGGAGGAAUUGGAUGUGAUUAUUUCACAUCCCUUUACACGUACACCCAAGGGAAAGUGGCGUGCGUGGCUUGUAUCUCAAUUAGAGGAAUGCAUGCUGUACGUCAGCUUAUAUAUGAUUCUGUCGGACAAGGCGAAGCUCAAGAGUCUGUACGAAACCUUGUCGGUAAUCAGAGUUCCGAGCAUCGCAGAUGAACUGCUUAGCAUCGCAGAGAGACUGGAUAAUGUCGCGGUCAACUUGGCUGGGUUCACAACUAUUGAAUUCGAUACUCUACACGAGAAAUUAGCUGACAAAAUCCAGCUAGAUCCACCACCCGUUCCCGAGUCAUUGGCGCCUGAAGUGGGCAUGGAUCAUCCCGAUAUGAUAUCUUGGAUGAAGCAGAUGCAAAAACCAAAAACACUGAUUCCAAAACAAGAAGAAAGGUCCGUCGAUCCGCGCGCGGUACGAGACAAAACAGAGGUAGGUAUAUUCAAUGCUAGCACCAACGGUGCCACAACCCCAAUGCCUGCUGCACAGGAGUCUAUACUCGCGUACUCAGAUCCAAGAGAAGCGGCUGCCAAUAAUGCGAAGGUGAAUAACACACAAGCUAAACCGGCAGUAAACAGCGUGGAGCAUUCCGUGGCGAAGUUCGCUGCCCCGGUAGGUUUGCGCGAGGUUGAGACAGGAACCGUUGGAAAUACCGUAGAAGGAGCGAGUGUUGAUGUAGUAAACAAAACUCUCCUGGAGACCGCUACAGACACUCCUUCGGCGGUUAUAAGCGCGGUAGAUACUCCAUCGGUUGUUGUGAGCGUGGAUGGUGUAGAUGCGGACAAAGUUCAGCUGCAAUCAACUCAGAUUGAAGCGAAUGAACCAAACUCCGUUGAUGAAGCGAAUCAAGUACAGGAGGAACCGAAAUUAUCAGAGGACGUAGAUGAAGUGAAACCAGCAAAGUACACAGCACCAGUUCGGCAAUCAUGGGUACCCAAAGGGCGCGCGAAAAGCCGUACGGAAACCAGUGCUCGAGCAGGCGAUGGCGCCGACUCCGGGGCAAAGUCUAAACGUAAACCCAAGAGUAAACGUAAGAGUAAAGCGAAGAAUAGCGCGAACGAUAUUGCUGUGGAUGGAGAAAGUGCUCAUAUGCAAAUGGGCAGUCUGGGUACUCCGGUGGAUAGCCUGGAGGCUGAGGCGACCCUCGAUGCGAAUGAAAGCUCGAGUGGGAGUAGAGAUCCACGCCUACUGGCAGAUCCAAGUACGGCUGCGAGAGCCGGCAAGGGCGGGUCUACGUCAGUGUCCGGUAGUGGGAAAAAGACUGGAAGACGGAGACGCACACCGGAAAUCUCGGCUCCUCCAGUGCCUUUGUUUAGGCUUGACACGGAAAUGACCUGUGAUGGUGAAAUCCAGAUGACACCAGAAGCCACGGCUGGCGAGACAGUAUCCGUAGCGGAUCAAGUCCAGGGAAAGGAGGAUGCACCAAUUAUCACAGAAACCGGUCAGCAAACCAUUAAAGCCAAUGGUGAGAUCGAAAUCGAGCACCAACAAGGAUUGGAAGCUGGUGAAGACGGCGGUAAAUUGGUAGAUGUAGCGAGUGAGGCCACUAGUAGCUGUCUCAAACGAGCCGAUUCUGCACGGGUGGCUCCGAGUACGAAGGUGGGGCAGAUUAUCCGGAGGUACGAGAGUUUAACAGGCUUGGAGAAGGACAUGACCCAAUUUCAGGUGCCUACUCAGGGCAAAGACGACAAGGUAUGGAACGGUGCCAACGACAACACGAACUCGAACAACGCAGCACAAAGAACUCGUCAGGGAAGUCGUGGGCGCGCAGUGAACAGCCCUGAUUCACACCUGGUAGGAGAGAGUGGGGGUUCAUCACAAGACACACCCGAUGCGGCGGAAGCAGUGGUACGUGGAGGUAGUGGAAGUACAAGUAUAGGGGAGAAGGUCAUGUCAAGCAACAGUCAUGGUUCAAUGUCGCCUGGCGAGCAACAUGAUACAGCCGCCUUGGGCGUUGUGAAUCCGGAUAGUGUUCUCGAGCGAGCUGGCGAUGCAGACAAUUCGCAUGAAACCGCAAUAAGUAGUGGGGUGUCUGUGUCGGAAGGGGCUGCGAUAGGAGACGACCAGUCGGAAUCAAUGGAUGAGACUCACGCCGGCGGAUUGGUUGGGAAACCACUGCCACAUACAUCGAAUGUAGUAGACACCUUCCAUGCAUCCUCCCCACGUGUACAUAGUGACAAUGACUCGAGAAAUAGUGUGUCGGAAAGCGUUGGAGAUGAGCACAGGAACAAAUCAUCCGAGCGGCACACUGCGCCAAUACGUAUAGUGCAGACCGCUAGUCAGCCGGACAACGCGGAGGUAGAGGUGGACAUGUCUUAUGGUAAGGCAGUGGGGCGACGCGUGCUGUCUACUCGCUUGCACUCGCUGUAUGCCUUCCCCAAACGACUACGAGGCAAUGGCCUACAAGCUGCUGCUGGGACAGACAGGGGAGAAAGGGCUGAACUGGCUAGGGCUCGCUCUACUGGUAUUCCCGAGGGUGAUCGCAACAUCCCAGCGACACCACAGGCAUCGGCAACCGCUUGUGAAACGUCUGCGUCAACUGCGUCUACCACAGACACCUCUGCACAUGUGCACUCAGGCAAUACCUUGAACGAAGACCUGAGUGAUAUGAUGGCAAACAAAGCAAGUAUCACCAAAAAGAAGAAGCGUAUUGUAUCGGAGUCUGGCAGUACAUCGAGUUCGUCUCGACCGAACAGACCGAGGACACUACCGGGAGAGGUGGUUAUAGACGCGGACCUGCACCUGUUACUAACACUGUGUGCCCUGCACUCGGGCACUGAUGAAGACGGCCAUAGCGCUGGUCCAAAGCAGAAAGGCUCAGGCAGUAAUCAGAAGCAGUUCCGAAAUUCCAAAAACGUCCCAAAAGAAAUCCCUUGCCGACUCAUGCGGUGUUGGCAACUGCGCGAUAAUCCCAGAAGAACGCCCAUCCGCACGCAACACGACCCUUCGCACACACAACGGGACAAAGAGAACGUUCAAAAGACAAACAUGCGCCCAGUAUACUUCCUGGUCACGACUGCUAGGAUAUGUCUUCUGUCACGUUUACCUACUGAGCUGGACGUGGACUGGGUCACCACCCAUCCGGAACUGGUCAUGGCAGAGUGGUCCAUCAGCAGGAUUAAGACUGUGCGAAGGGGACUUUUUGGUCAGAUGCUGAACGUAGGGUUCAACGAGGCUCCAUCAGCUGACCGGAACACAUCUACACGAGAAGCUGAUCUCGUCCUGCAAUUUGGCGAUCCCUCGGCCACUAUGGCAGUCGGUGUGGAUCUGAAAGUCAUCCUAGCCACCCACGCAGCAGCUACCAUGUUUGAGAUCCACAAUUCCGAGGCCAGUCAUCCAGACACACGCCCUAUGCGAGUGCAGCCGGUUGUUGAUUUGAACUGCGCCGAUAGUGUGCUGAGAGCGGCUCUAGAAGACAUCUGUAGAGACGAGCCGGCGCUGGUGACUGAUACGGAAGCUCUGCCAUCCAACAUGGAGCCAGACACAUCCAUCCACGGACUCCAGGUGUAUCUCAAGAGCCAAUGGGCUGAGAUUACUCCACCCACGGCUACCGAGAGCCGCACACCACUCUGUGGAGAGCAAUGCACCUGUGAUCCGGCGGAAGAGAACGGUACACCGGUUACAGUGCUGGAGGGAAGCGUAGAUGACAGGCCGACAGCUACGUUUCAGAGGCACAGCUCGAGAGACAAGCGGGCCAGCACGAGGGAGAACAGACCCGACGAACCGUUAAAUCCCGAGCAAGCCGAGGCGCAGGCAUCCGAAGAUAUGCAUAGGCAGGCAUUCACUCUACUGUCUAUAGACAACUGCAGAUUGUCAGCGCUACAGUCCGAGCACAUUCCCUGGUACAAAGGACCCGUACAAUACCGGGGCAGUCGGUUUAAGGUUGCAACAUGGAAGGAGAUCGGUGUGUGCGUGUACAAGAAUGGCGAGCUGCAACGUUCAGAGCAUGUGGACGGACAUAUGACCGCAGCCCGAUAUUCAAAGACUAUUCAAAGUGUACGCUAUCCUCCUGGCCAGUGGAUCAGCGGAGGGCGAUGUGAAUUCGAGGUAGUCUUCACUGAUAUGACAUCCCAUAUAUUUGCCGUCAGCUCUGGCUACGAAGCACGAAGGUGGAUCGCAGCGGCCCUACUCUCCGCAAACGAUCCCUCCGUACCACCACAGCCGGUGCGUCGGAUGGAUACCAGCCCCAUGCCCAUCUCCAAGAACCCGAACCUCAAACCAGCUUCAAACCAUUCGAACAACUCCUCGCACGAAUCGUACGGCACCCAAAUGAGCUAUGUCCAUGUGCCCUCGAAUGCCUAUACAUCGCAUAUGAGGUCCCCAUCACCUUCCCCGGUGCCUAGUCCGAGUGCAGUUCGGAACACGCGAGCGAGGGAUAAGCCACGCAUGGUAUUCAUCUGUGAUGGACCGUGCAGGCUGUUUAUACAUGAGAUAUCAACCAGCAAUACCACAGCGAAAGUGACCGGCCAGGUAUGCCACUUCUUCCUCUACGACCUGAUGCUGGUCGUCACCUACAACACGACCAAGUUCACCACUACCGUCCCCUCGGUGGGCGAAAAUGAGAUUCAGUGUGCACUGAUGCUUGACGAGUUAUUCCUCAGCUCAGAUAGUGCCGAUACCUUCUUGUUGACACAUCGAGAUCAGUGCGUGAGCGUCCGCUUGCCCCUGCGAUUGGAGGCGUCUAAGAGCAAG